UUGGUCCAGAGUAAAAAUGGAGUUUGGUGUAAAUCUAGGGUGUAUUGCUGUCAUAUAUCACACUACCUCGUAAAAACGACACAGAGGAUUCUGGGCCAACAAAUCAGAGAGAAAAAAAUAUGAGUUCUUAUUAUGUGGACGGUCUUCUUAGCAAAUAUACGGCGGGCAGUUCUCUCUUCCCAAACGUAGAGCGGGCGUCUUGCAGCAUUGGACCCAGUGGAGAGGACUACGGCUCGGCUCGGACUGCUGCGGCUAUCGCUUUUCCACCGUCGUUGUCUGGAGUUUACAGCGUCAAUAAUGCAGUGUACCAGAGCCGCCCCAUGUUUACCUCGGGAUAUGGCCAGGGGCAGGACGCACACACACUGCACUGCAGCCUGUUUGACCAGAGCCGCCUGUUCUCCGACAGCUGCUGCCACCCGGAGCCGGGACCUCUCACCUCACCUCCGGACAAACAGCACGGGAUGUACCCCUGGAUGAGAGCAUCAGAUCCAACUCGAAAGCGGGGGCGGCAGACAUACUCGCGGUACCAGACCCUGGAGCUGGAGAAGGAGUUCCACUUCAACCGGUACCUGACGCGCAGGAGGAGGAUCGAGAUAGCCCAUGCCCUCUGCCUCUCAGAGAGACAGAUCAAAAUCUGGUUUCAGAACCGCAGGAUGAAGUGGAAGAAAGACCACAAGGAGGAACCGGCGUCGACCCCCGGGGAUAAGGACGGUGAAAUCCAAGGCGUGUCAGAGAUCGCAGAGCCCGAAGAUGGAGACACCCGGAGCGCCGGGUUGGAGUCAGAAACGGCUGCAAAGUAACGAAAUAGACGGACAAAGCAUUAAAUGAAAGAAACACACUUUACCAUAAGUGUGGUAUAGAAAUAUCUGAGAUGUUUCUCACGUACCAUUCAUGCACUGAAAGCUUUUUAGGCUGAUUAAGUUAAUGACAGCUGAAGGCAGUUAGCCUAUGUAUUAAGCAUUUAUGCUGUAUUUCAGAUUUGAACCGAAAAUGCGUAAAAUGGCUUCGCAUGAAACAUUAACUACCUAUCCAAACUAUAUUUUUUAUAUGCAAUACGGUAUGUAAUUUAACCUUACUGUACUACUGAAUUUACAUUCCUUAACGAAAAAACUACCUAAUAAUUACCUGAUAAUAUUAAAACACUAACACUAAAUGUAUGUGAGUUGAAAUUGACUGUAAAUGGAAAUAUGAUUAGAAUGUUCUUUUUCUCCACCAACCCGAGACGGUUGUAUUUUCUGAAGCGUAACAAACACUCUAUUUUGCGCAAAUGUGCCUUAUUGUGAAUAAAGGCUAAUUUAAAGUGAAUGUUUUGUUAGUUAAAUGCCUCCAAAUGUGAUUUAGUUGCUUCUGUAGAUUUGAGUAAGUGUACCACUGUAUCAUUUUAAAAAAAAUGAUCACUGCUUAUCACUUAGGAUGUUGAGAUGCUAGUUUUCGACCCUUAUUUACCCUCCAUACAUCCCAGGGUUAACAGAACUAUAUGUUUAGUUUCAGAUGAACUCAUGUAAGCUACCUCAGAUUCUCAUAAAGUGAACUUGCUUAUUAUACUGUAAACAGGAAUACCCUGACGUAAAUGUUUAGCCGUGUACUGUAAAAUGUUUUAUUUCAUUUAGGAAAAUUUCCAGACUCAGCAUUUCACACGUGUUUUUGAACGCCAACAACAAACGCACGCCCUUUUAAUUAGGCGACAUUAGAUUUCCGAAUCGUCACACUUUUUUUGAGUUUAAAAUGAAUAGGUUAUUGUACUCCAACAUGUGCAAAUACUGUGAUAGGCUCGGUGACGACGUUUUCAAUGUGACGUAUAAGUAUUGUGAACAAAUAAAAAUAAAAAGUCUUAAACCUCUGGGAAUGUCUUAUAUCUGUAAAUGAAAAUAUAAUUAUUGAAUAAACUAGCUUUCACCUGUC